GAUCUGCAGGGCUAGAAUCGAAUACGAAAUAUACCGUAGAUCGUUCAUAUUUCGCAUCCUUGUAAUCGAAACAUGCAACAAUAUUAAUUUUAUUCAAUGUUUGCAAUAAUAUGCAUUUCAUCCGAAAUAUGCAAAAACGUGCAAAAUAAAAACACCACAAUUGAUCUCAUCACGAGGCGAUUCGUGGAAAUCACCGACAAAAUCAGUGAUCAGAAGUCGCAAAAAAAACAUACUUUCGCCUACAAGCUCUAGCACUGCUAAUAAGCCGUCACGGGAAAUCAUACGCUCGCGCGCGCAGUACGAAUACGCGUACAUACGUGUUAGAUGUUAGCAAUGUCCCCCGGUCGACUCUGCGACGCCGUCACGGAGGGCCGCAGUCGGUGUACGCUGUAUGGUUUUUUUUCUUUAUUUUUUUUCGUCUAAUUCCGUUCCGUUCUCUCUAUCGGUUUUCCCGGUCGCCUUGCGGUCGCGCGACGCAUAAUUAUUAUCCGGAGCUACGGCGAAAGAGGUGAUUAUCUCUUGUCGUCGGAUCGCAUCGAACCACGGUUGUGAACAUAUCGCGAGAGACAGAGAAAGAGAGAAAAACAAACACACGGCAAAAGAAAACGAACGCGAACAAGAAGGAAAGGAUUAACGAAAGAAAAAACGAAUACCAAUAAUUAUGAUGGAAAAAAAAACGUCACCGACACGACAUAAAUACGGACGCGCGGUGCCCACGGUGUUCAUAACGACACGUACCGCGGUACACGGACGGCGAACACAGCGCGAGGAGCACCAGUACGCACCAGCACGGAGAUGAUGUCGCAGUUCGCAAUGGUCAAGCUCGGGUGCCUGUGCGUGAUGGCGUGGCGAACGGGAUGCGCGGCCGCCGUGCCGCUGGCCGCCGUCAAGGCCGCGUCCCAGUGCUCGGCCGCGCCGGACGCCGUCGACUGUCUGCUGCGCGCGGCCGCCGCGGGCGUGGACGCGCUCGCCCGGUCCGCCGAGCCCGUGGACCUGGUGCCCGGGUGCGUGGCGCUCGUCAGGAACGCCGCGGCCGACGCGGACACGGCGCCGGCCACCGCGGACGCCGUCGCCGCGGCGGCCCGCAAAGACGACGGUGGCGCGGCCGCCGUCAGCGCCGAGGCCGCGUUCGUCGACUCGGUCACCGCGUUCGCCAAGUCUCGCGCCAUCAGCGUCCGGGCACCCGCGCACCUGUUGGACUCGCUCAAGCACACGCUGAUCGAAGCGCGCGGAAAGAAAGACAAGUACGCGGGACCGCUGCUGAUGGGCGCGAUGAUGGUGGCCGGCACGCUGUUGCCCAUCAAACUGGGCGCGUUGGCCAUGAUGAGCGGCAAGGCGCUGAUGACCAGCAUGCUGGCGCUCAUGCUGUCCGCCAUACUGGCGCUGAAGAAACUCGCGUCCGGCGGCGGCGGCGGCGGCGGCCACAGCGGCACCACGUACGAGGUGAUCAACGUGCCCACGCACAGCGGACACGGGCCGCACGGACGUUCGCUGGCCCACAGCCUGGCCUACGGACUGCCGGUGGACGCGACCGCGGCCGCGGACAUCGUCACGCCGUCCGCGACACUGCCGAUCCCGCAGUGACCGCCACCGGGCUACGGCCCGUUCGCAAAAAUCGGCCGCUCAUAAUUUAUUAAUUUAUCAUUAUUAUUAUUAUUUUUUUCCAAUCGCUUUUGAACAACGCGUAAGCAUAUGUACGGUUCGUAUCGCGCGGGUCUACUGUUGUCGUAUCGAACGAUUACUACUGUUAUAACUCGUGUCCCCGUACACGCUUUGUGUUGUAUUAUAAAUCGUAAAUGUUUCAA